AUGAUGUCUACCUCAAACGAUAAAGAAAACCCCGGUACGGGUCCCAGUGAUAAAUACGAUGCUAGUUGUGAAUAUUCGCCCAAUGCCUCAAAAAAAGCGUUGAAACCAAUAUCGCCAAAUAAAGGACCAAACUCCUAUGUUGGCAAAUUGAAUUUCUUGCAAGGUGAUAAUAUAGACAGCCAUUUCACCAAUAUUCAUAGUUCACACCAGCAACUUCAUCAGGUGUUGCAUAACUUGGAAGUGCAGACGACACAAACAGGUAUCGACUUAGGGCAAUUAUGUGAUAGGCUGAAGAACAACAAUCAAUAUUUGAAUAAAUUGCUAGAGAACAUAACAAAUUACUCGAACGAGGUUAUCACAGAAGGAAAUGCUACAAAAAAUGAUAUUACGAACAUAAUAAGUAGACUAGACCUAUUCAAUGAAGAGCUCAAGAAAAUCAGAACAUCAGACGAUUCAAAAAAUUUAACUGAUAAUAUAAGAGAGAUUGUCCGUGUAGAAAUGGGCAAGAAUACUCCUUCAUCUCAACAAGACAUAUUACAUAAAGUAAAGGAAGCGGUGUCUGAUUGUUUGGAAGGGAUUCCAGUCAACAACGACUUCAAAGCAUUAGCUAAAUCAAUCAAUGAAUCACAUACGACAAAUGACCAAAGGCAUGAAAAGCUACUUAAUGAAGUAUUACUUAUUCAACAGAGAGUUCCUGAAAGCGAUCUUGUUAGGCAGAUAGUAGACCCAAUUGUUGCAGAGCUUAAAUCUGUUUCAUUGGAUAGCAAUUCUCUCAAGUUAUUGGGUGACAUACUUGACAUUUUAAACAGAGAAAAGGAAACGAAUAAAGCGACAGAGCUGUUUCAGACUACGUCCACAGAGAAGCUUGAAAAUAUCACCAAGGAAUUAUCUACUCAUAACGAAUCAAAGCAGGCUAUAAAUGACUUAGUUCGCCGUUUAGAUGAUUUACAUCAAGAGACGCAAACUCAAAAUAAUGAUAUUUUAUUACAACUCUCAACCGGAGCAGUACAGAGUAAUGAAUUAUCUAAUCUUCAAACUUCCAUGAUUGAUGUUAAGAAAGCCUUGGAAUCGAAAGAUGCUCAAAUUUCCAAAUUAACAAAGCUUGUUGAAAAUCAAUCUACUUUGAUCAAUGAUUUAGCAUCUAAAUCCGAAAAGUUAUACACGAAGCAAAAUCUAGAGAAGAGCAUAACUAACCUCGAACACAAAUACGAUUUGUUAUGUAAAAACUACGAACAAAAAUUUAAUGAUCUUAAAUUGGUUCAAAGUGAAUUUAAGGAACUAGCUGAGAAUAUACAAAAUAUAAAUACAGAUACGGCUAAAUCAACAGAUAUGAAUAAGCCUGAUAAAAUACUCAAAUUACAAAAGAUUCGUCAAUUACACAACUCGAAGAUGAGUGAGAUUCAAGAACAUAAUCAGCCAAACAAUUUGAAGACAAAUAAAAGAAUAAUGAGUACCCCAAUAACACAUAAGCUGCGUGGUUCGAACCAAAUAUUUGACCAAAUUAAUGAAUAUAAUGAAUCUCUGAAUAAUUCAGAAGAAGAAUUUUAG